CAGAGCUUGUUAACGCAUCAGGAGCGAAUUCUCAAGUCAUUCUUUAUCAUAAAUCUCCACUGAUCAUAAUCUAAGUAGUGCAAUACCAAUGGCCGAGUCUGUUGUUUCGUCUGUGGGCCAGACAAUAGGAAAGCUGCUCAUCGACGAGGCCAAAUUCUUGAGGGGCGUGGAGGGCAAGGUCGAGGACCUGCACAGGGAGCUGAGGCUGAUCCAGUGCUUGCUAAGGGAUGCGGAUGCGAGACGAGAGCACAACCAAACUGUUGGAGAAUGUGUUGCACAACUCCGAGACUUUGCCUAUGAUGCCGAGGACAUCAUCGAGAGAUACAUCCUCAGAGUCGCGCUGAAAAAGGGACAAAACAUCAUCAAAGCGUAUGCUUGCUUCAUGGCGAAAUGCGCGUGCAUGCAGGUUCAUGUGGUGGGGACAGAGAUUGAGGGCUUAAAAUCUCGCAUCUCCAAUCUUAGAACGAGCAUGCUGGCUUUUGGCACACAACCUGCGAAUGAGGGUGAACACAAACGCACGAGAGCUUCGAUGCUGAAAUGGAACUAUGAACAUUUCAAGGAGGAUUUUGUUGGGAGGAAAGAUAGUAUUGAGGAAUUGGUGAAAGAGUUGUUGAAUGACGGAAAAAAGCACAGCGUUAUUUUUAUAUGGGGAAUGGGUGGUUUGGGUAAGACCUCACUCGCAAAGAAAGUCGUCGCUCAUGACAAAGUCAAGAACAAUUUCGAUGGUUUCGCUUGGGCUUGCAUAUCUCAAGAAUACCACAUGGGAGAUAUCUUGGAGGGAAUUCUUGUUAAGUUGAUCCCUGAUCAAAGAAAGAGGGUUAUGGAGAUGAAAGAUGACGAAUUGUUCAAAACUCUAUAUGAGAUUCAGCAAGAGAAGAGAUGUAUCGUGGUUCUUGACGAUAUUUGGACCAAAGAGGCAUGGGACAGUCUUCGAGCUGCAUUUCCGAUUGAGAACACAAAAAGCAAGCUAUUGAUAACGACCCGCAAUAGAGACGUAGCGGAGUACAUAGAUCUUCAAGGUCUUUUCCAUGAACUUCGAUGCUUAUCAGACCAGGAGAGUUGGGAUCUCCUAAAGAAGAGAGCGUUCCCUGAAAUGAAAGGAUUAGAUAUUGAACUCUCUUCUGUUGGACUUGGAGUUGGUCAAGGUAUUACAACGGGCCAAACUGUAAAACGUAUCGCAAGACAGUCAGAGACGGAGGGACAACUACCAGUAAUUACUGAACACAUGAAGACUAUAGGAGAUGAACUCCUUAAGAAGUGUGGAGGAUUACCCCUGGCUGUCAUUGUGCUUGGUGGACUUCUGGCGGUCAACGAGUGGGAGACGGUUUACAAAAAGAUCAAUUUGCAUUUUGGCGAUAAGAGUGAUGUGUCAAAAGUGUUGGCCUUAAGCUAUGACGAUCUACCAUGGCAUCUAAAGCCAUGCUUCCUGUAUUUGGGUAGCUUUCCGGAGGAUGCAGAAAUUCCCGCAACAAAGGUUCUUCACAUGUGGAUUGCUGAAGGCUUUGUGUCGCUGAAUCUAUAUGACGAAGAGAGAGAAAUUCAAGUGGAAGAUAUAGCAAAGCAAUAUUUAAUGGAGUUGGUUAGCAGGGGGAUGGUUCAAGUACGAUUCAACUGGAGUGGAAAGAUCAAAACCUGCCACCUUCACGACCUCAUGCGAGACUUAUGCAUCUUUAAGGCUACGCAAGAGAGUUUUCUAAGCAUUUUUAACAUUCGGCAGGACAAUGAGACGGAGGAUUGUUCUUCUUCGACAGCAAUAAAAGUCGAGUCAACUUGCAAAAUACGAAGGCUUUCGCUCAAUAUGCACGAGAGUGCCGAAGGAAACAUGUUUUCGAGCAUAAAACCAAUAGAAAGGACUAUACUCCACCUUCGAACUUUCAUGUUCUUCGGAUUUGUCCAAGGGAAGUGGAAGCAAUUUCAACCAAUUUUUAUCAAUUGUAAGUUUCUCAGAGUUCUGAAACUGGAGGAUCUUUCUGGUAUGAGAGGAAAAUUACCUAAAUCAGUGGGAGACCUAAUCCAUUUAAGAUUCUUAAGUUUAGCGGGAAGUGAUAUUAAGGACUUGCCGCAAUCUAUAGGGAACCUUAUAUGGAUGGAAUUUUUGGACCUGCGUGUGGCUUCAUCUGCUUGGGUAAUCGUGCCAAAUCUGUUGCGUAAGAUGAGAAGGUUGAGGUGUCUCCACCUUCCCACCUUUUUUGUUGUCAAGGGGAAACUUCAUGGAGAGCGGAAGAAGUUGCGGUUUGACACUUUAAAGAAUUUACGGACACUGAUAAACUUUAAUCCGUUUAAUUGUGAUGUGAACGAUAUAGGCAAACUGACUAAUUUGCAAAAACUGACCGUCGAUGGUGGCAAGGAGUUGGAGAUAAUGCCACAACUUGCUAAAUUCGCUUUGAAACAUCUUCGAACCUCAUCUUUUAUGUUCAUCAGCCGACAUCCUGACUCGUUCACUGAAGGUGAAUUGAGUAAAAUGUCAAGCUAUCCAUAUUCCUGUAAGCUGUGGAUAAGGGGAGACAUAGAGAAGUUACCAGAGCAUAGGAAUUUACCCCAGCAGCUGAGGAAGCUGGUCUUAUUGAAGUCUUUUCUGGAAGAAGAUCCGAUGCCAAUAUUGGAGAGAUUGCAGCACUUGGUUGUUCUCAUGCUGGGGCGUUGGGCUUUCACUGGGAAGGAAAUGGUUUGCUCCGCGGGAGGCUUUCCUCAACUCAAGCAUUUAGGUCUUUAUUAUAUGGAGAAUUUGGAGGAGUGGAGGGUGGCUGAAGGAGCCAUGCCUCAUCUUUCUCGAUUAGGGAUCAUCGAAUGUCCCAAAUUGAGGACGGCGGUGCCUCGAGGAGUCCACACCUACGACAGUUCUCAAGAAAUUUGGGAUGAGCUUCGUAAGACGAUGUGAGAUAGAGAGAUAUUGAUGUGGGUGGUCAGGGGUGGCCUCAGCUGUCUUGUGGGUUGUCAGGGGGUGGGCUUGAGGACUUCAGUGGGGAAAUCUGUUUGUUUCGCUCGCCGUCGAGAUGCGUCGCGACUUUGCUCAUGGAAGAUUGCAAAGUUCUCGCUGAGGAGGUGCAGCGAAUUCAAUGCGAUGCUUCUCCAGAAGACAGCUGAUGGGAGGCAUAUACGAAGAGAAUAAGGGUCAUCGCUUGUGGUGUUGAAGACGCCAUCGUGAAAGCAGCUUGCUUUGGCGAGGAGAGGAGAGCAGAUUCGAUCAUUUCCAUAGUGCUGGUCAGAUGUUUGACGAAAUGCGCAUCGAUGAAAUUGCUGGAUGUAGCAAGAAAACAAUAUGAUGAUGCCAAUUGGUGACGCUCGGCAAUUGUUGAUGCUCUCCUGUGACCGAGAACUUGCGGUAUAUAUCGAGGAGGUAAACAUUAUGAGAGGAUUUUGGCUUUCUCUGCCUGGAAUUGUAUUCUCGAUUGACCAAUUAAGUCAAAAAGAUAAUAUCCGCUCCAGCAUCAGUUCAGACCUUCGAAGGGGUCUCAUAAAAUCUCUUUUAUCAAGUUGCUAAUCUAUGUCCUCUUCAACUAUUAUGAUUGUUUAUCUUCUUUUGGAAUCACAGACUGAUGUUAAACUAACACUUACCACAUCGAUGUGUCAUUUGGCACUUGUUGUCACUCUGCUGAGUUCAAACUUGGCAAGGUGUGCUCGGUAAUGAAGCCACGUGCUUGAAAAAGUGUUUCGUAGUAUGUGGAAGAAUUUAUCCACGUAAAAGCUACAUUGUGGAGCCUGACCAAUUACAUAUGUUAUCUGUUGGACUGCAGGAGCAUCCCGAGUGGCAGAUUAAGAGCAGGUUUGUGUAUUUUCAAAAGCGCAAGAAUCUGCAUCUUCGAAGGAAAUUCCUUCCCUGCAGCUUAGUAUGACGUUGAGUUACGCAAGAGAGCCGGAGCAGAUUGUUUAGGAUCUACUGCAGUGCAUGGUGGUUUGCACUGAUAUUUGCACACUUUGAAGAUUGGUUAUUUUGUACUAAUGGCAUCUCAUCCCUCUUGCCCAUUUCGAAAAAUUUGAUAUUUAUUUUUAGUGCUCAUAACCAUUUCAUUGUUGACCACAAUUUUGCAUUUGAUUAGUAGGAUAUUUUCCUUGUCUUACCUACUUACUUGGAAGAAUCAGAAACCAAAAUCAGUGUUGUCACAUGGAGAUGGACAACAUAAAGAAUGUAUACGUCGCUCUUAAAAUAUCUAACCCUACGAAUAGGCCUAGAUACAAUUAGGUUUAAUUUGUUAUAGGAGAAUCGAAUCUAUGCACACUUGGUGA